AUUUUAUUUGACAGGACAGCAAGAGAGGGAACACAACCAGGGGGAGUGGGAGAGGGAAAAGCAGGCUUCCCGCCGAGCAGAGAGCCUGAUGUGGGGCUCCAUCCCAGGACCCUGGGAUCAUGACCUGAGCUGAAGGCAGAUGCUUAACGACAGCUACGCAGGCGCCCUGGCACUUGUUUACUCUUAUGUGGGAAAAUGUGUGUUGAUUCCUACCAGUUACCUAGUGUGCAGGUAAAAGCUGGUUGCAUUCAAAGCCAUGUGAAUGAGUAAGAUCUUGGAAGAAGACAGCAGAGAGAUCAAAGAUCCAGGGUUAAAACUUGGAGAAAUUUCACAGAAUAUCAUCCAAAAGAGGAGUCCAUGAUGGAGGCAGAGGUAAACUUGGAGAGGAAAGGAAGAUGCCACCCAAACGUAUAGCUAAGAGAAGGUCACCCCCAGAAGAUGCUCUCCCCAAAAGCAAGAAGGUGAAGGACCGUCGUAACCAGGCAGUGAGGGCUGUUGCCUCCCAUCGCGUUCCAGGUGCCCAGAGGCCGAGCCCUCCUGACCAGAAAACCCGACCAGUCUCCCACAGGUCCCACAGCACAGAACCAGGCAUGGUGCUAACACUGGGCCAGGGCGACGUGGGCCAGUUGGGGCUAGGCGAGAAUGUGAUGGAGAGGAAGAAGCCGGCCCUGGUGCCCAUUCCAGAGGACAUCGUGCAAGCCGAGGCUGGGGGCAUGCAUACUGUGUGUCUAAGCAAAAGCGGCCAGGUCUACUCCUUCGGCUGCAACGAUGAGGGUGCCCUGGGAAGGGACACAUCAGUGGAGGGCUCAGAGAUGGUCCCCGGGAAAGUGGAACUGCAAGAGAAAGUGGUACAGGUGUCAGCAGGAGACAGUCAUACAGCAGCCCUCACUGAGGAUGGUCGCGUUUUCCUCUGGGGCUCCUUCCGGGACAAUAACGGUGUGAUUGGACUCUUGGAACCCAUGAAGAAGAGCAUGGUGCCCGUGCAAGUGCAGCUGACUAUGCCCGUAGUGAAGGUGGCCUCAGGAAAUGACCACUUGGUGAUGCUGACAGCUGAUGGUGACCUCUACACUUUGGGCUGCGGGGAGCAGGGCCAGCUGGGCCGUGUGCCUGAAUUAUUUGCCAACCGUGGUGGCCGGCAGGGCCUUGAACGACUCCUGGUCCCCAAGUGUGUGAUGCUGAAAUCCAGAGGGAGCCGGGGUCAUGUGAGAUUCCAGGACGCCUUUUGUGGUGCCUAUUUCACCUUUGCCAUCUCCUGCGAGGGCCAUGUAUAUGGUUUCGGCCUCUCCAACUAUCAUCAGCUUGGAACCCCAGGCACAGAAUCUUGCUUUGUACCCCAAAACUUGACAUCCUUCAAGAACUCUACCAAGUCCUGGGUGGGCUUCUCUGGUGGCCAGCAUCAUACAGUCUGCAUGGAUUCGGAAGGAAAAGCGUACAGCCUGGGCCGGGCUGAGUAUGGGCGGCUGGGCCUUGGGGAGGGCGCCGAGGAGAAAAGCAUACCUACCCUCAUCCCAAGGCUCCCUGCUGUCUCCUCAGUGGCUUGUGGGGCCUCCGUUGGGUAUGCUGUGACCAAGGAUGGUCGUGUUUUCGCCUGGGGCAUGGGUACCAACUACCAGCUGGGCACAGGGCAGGAGGAGGAUGCCUGGAGCCCGGUGGAGAUGACAGGCAAACAGCUGGAGAACCGUGUGGUCUUAUCGGUGUCCAGUGGGGGCCAGCACACAGUCUUACUAGUCAAGGACAAGGAACAGAGCUGAUGAAGCCUCUGCGGGCCUGGCUCCUGGCCCUGCCACCCUCCCUCCUGGAACUGGGAAGCUAUGACAACUACAGAUUCCAGCAGGCCUCCCCCAGCCCCGAAUACUCUGUCAUCUCCUGCCUUUUUCCUAUCAGCAGAACAGAAUCCUUUUCCUCUUUUCUGUCCUCCUUUCCUGAAUCAUCCUGCAACCUACAAGAUGAAGGGGAGUGGGGGGAAAUGGAAGAGGGGAGGGGGUUUUGGCAGCCGGAACAUUGCUCACCCCAGAGCUAUGUGGUUAGACCUUUCCCCCUCAUCCCUACCUCCAUGGUCCUGGCUGACCCUGGUUUUGCCUGCCAAAAACCAAAAAUUCCUCCCCUGGGGAUUUGGUGCCCACAUUCUGAAAAGUUGGGGAUCCUCAAGCCCUACUCUAGCCAUGUGCCACUCUCUGUCCUUCACAAUCCACAGGCAGACAAAUGGUAUGGUGGUCAGACCCAGCUGUCAUGGACCUAUGCCUGGGGGAAACCGGAGAUGGGGCAGGGCUGCCCAGCCAUGGGCAACCCCAAGCCAAAUAUUUGGCCCUCAACAGAUGUCCAUGGGGAAGAAUAAACAAUGAUCCUCCACUUGAUCAAGAAAAAAGCCAAUCAGCCUUUCUCCCAGAAGCACAAAGCAUUCUGCCCUUCAGGCAUUGCCUGAGUAUCCUGCCCAUCCGACCUGCCUUACCUGUAGCCAAGGGCCUGACGUCUGGAAAGGAAGCUACAUCUGCAGGGCAGGACAUGGAGGGAGUGGGGAAGGAGAGUUUUAUAAACAAACUUAUAGCAAUAUUGAGAGUGAAGGGAGGGAGGGGAGGGGGGUCAGAAGGGCAGAGGCUGGUGCCCAGAAAGGGAAGCAGCAGCUUGUACAGUGGCUGAGAAAAUAGAAAACAGUUUUGAUUUUUUUUAAAUAUAAAGUAUUUUGGAGGGGAGAGUGAAAUCUUUUAACACUUUGAAUAAAUUUAGAGUUUUAUAAAACAG